AUGGCCCCGUGGCCCGCGCCUCCUCCGCCUCCGCCUCCGCCUCCACCUCUCGCCGCGCCGCCGCCGCCGCCCGGCGCCUCUGCUAAGGGGCCGCCGGCGCGCAAGCUGCUUUUCAUGUGCACCUUGUCCCUGUCGGUCACCUACCUGUGCUACAGCCUCCUGGGCGGCUCGGGCUCCCUGCAGUUCCCGCUGGCGCUGCAGGAGCCGCCGGGCGCCGCCGCCGAGCCCCCGCCGAGCCCGCCGCCACCCUCGCCGCCGCCUCCCCCCGUGCGCCUCGGCGCCCCCUCGCCGCCGCCCGCGCCGCCGCCGCCGGACAACGCGAGCCGCGGGGAGCCGCCCCCGGAGCAGCCCCCGGAGCAGCCCCCGGAGCAGCCCGCCGAGCCCGGGGCCGACGGCUGGGGGCUGGCGAGCGGCGGCGGGGGCGCCCGGGACGCCUGGCUCCGGACCCCGCCGGCCGCCGGCGACAUGGCCACGGCGCAGAGCGCGCUGCUGGAGAGGGAGGCGCCGGAGUCCAGCACCGCCGACGACGAGCUCGCAGGCCGGAGGGCGGCCAACGGGAGCAGCGACCGGGGCGGCGCCGCCGGCACCCCGGACUACGGGGAGAAGAAGCUGCCCCAGGCGCUCAUCGUCGGGGUCAAGAAGGGGGGCACCCGCGCGCUGCUGGAGGCCAUCCGCGUGCACCCGGACGUGCGGGCCGUGGGCGUAGAGCCGCACUUCUUCGACAGGAACUACGAGAAGGGGCUGGAGUGGUACAGAAAUGUGAUGCCUAAGACUCUGGACGGGCAGGUAACCAUGGAGAAGACACCAAGUUACUUUGUGACAAACGAGGCUCCCCAGCGCAUCCACGCCAUGGCCAAGGACAUCAAAUUGAUCGUGGUGGUGAGGAACCCCGUGACCAGGGCCAUCUCUGACUACACCCAGACGCUGUCAAAGAAACCCGAGAUCCCCACCUUUGAGGUGCUGGCUUUCAAAAACCGGACCCUAGGGCUGAUCGAUGCCUCCUGGAGUGCCAUUCGAAUAGGGAUCUAUGCUCUGCACCUGGAAAACUGGCUCCAGUAUUUCCCCCUCUCCCAAAUCCUCUUUGUCAGUGGUGAGCGACUCAUAGUGGACCCUGCUGGGGAAAUGGCCAAAGUACAGGAUUUUCUAGGCCUCAAGCGUGUUGUGACUGAAAAACAUUUCUAUUUCAACAAAACCAAGGGGUUCCCUUGUUUAAAGAAGCCAGAAGACAGCAGUGCCCCAAGAUGCUUAGGCAAGAGCAAAGGUCGGACUCAUCCUCGCAUCGACCCAGAUGUGAUACACAGACUGCAGAAAUUCUACAAACCCUUCAACAUGAUGUUUUACCAAAUGACUGGUCAAGACUUCCAGUGGGAACGGGAAGAGGGUGACAAAUGAAGUUAGAGAAGAUGAGGGAAGGCUAGUGAAUAGCUAAAGAGGCUCCUUACCUGAGUCCUGAAUCCCCUCAGCGGGGUCUUGCCUCACUGGAAUGCCAAGUAGAUCCCCCCCUUUGUCCAGUCAGGAACACUUCUAACACUGUAGGCUUGAACAAAGGGAUGGAUCCCAUGGCAUCCUUGUGGAGCCACUGGGUUUGUCUGGGCAGCAGCAUCUGGUUGACCAGAUGGCCACCAGGAGCCACUGCUAAUUCUUGUCUUCUGCUAAUUAAUAGAGUCUAAAGACAGGAUAAAGAGCUGUCAAGGUCAGAGACAGUGCCAGGAAUGUUUCUUUAAGUGAUAAAAAAAAAAAAAAAAAAAAAAAGGAAGGUCUACUUUGGCCACUUCAGAAACCUGAGUCCUAGCCCUGUAUCUGGCACAGCCCUCUGCUGUACAAAUCUUUGCUUUGGCAUCUCUCCAGAAUGCUACUUGUGGCUGAGUGCUCCAGGACUCCUAGGGAGCCAGGUCCUUUCUCUAAAGUGUCUCUAGCCUUCUCCUUCCAGGUCUCACUCCACGACCCUUUGACUUCCUCCCUCCUUACCUUAUGAAGGCAGAGGCAUGCACGUUCCUCACCAGAAAAAAAAACAACAAACAACAAAAAACUGACACCCUUGGAAAAGGCAUUCUUUCCAAGAGCCCUCUAAGGAGGGUCCCGGGCUGUGGUGAAGCUUAGCAUAGGCCCUCAUAAUAGAAUCAGGCCUACAUGGCUGUUCUUAGAGCUGUGUGAGUGAUUGCCUUUGAGUUCCAAGCCCUGGUUGGUAAAGAUAAAUGUUAUUUCUGGGGGUGAAAAAAGAAGGCCAGAUCUUGGGGUGGGAGGUCUCCAUACCUGAAGACCCUUCCCACCAUGGUUCCAAGGAAUGCUUUCGGGGUAGGCUCUGUCCCUGAGGUUCCCCAGAGGGAUAAGGACCAGAUAGUUGGCAUGUCUUCCAUUCUAAGUAAUCCUGAGCAACACAGCAAAUGGGAUCAGUCAACAUUCUUCUGUUUGCCCAUCGAUUCCCCCUCAUGGUCAUCUGAUGUUUCAUUUACUCUACUCAGACAUGGCACACUGGGGCAGUGACAGAAUGCCAACUCCAUCUAUGGCAGGUCGUCAGAUCCAAUCUAUGGAUACAGGAAAGGGCAAGGGCUGUCUGCAGACACCCCCUUCAAGGGCUGCUGAACGAAAGUGUCUCUUCCCAUUACUUUGAUUUGAUUAAAAUGCCGCAUUUGACGUCAAGCACUUGGUCACAGAUCUCCCAAACCAGGAACUGUUCUAAUAAAUUUGGAAAUGUGUAUGAGUGGUGGGGGGGAGCUAAGUCUGUUCACCUGUUAUUAAACUCAUUUCUUCCCGCUAAAUGAAAACUGUGUUGUUAUAAAGCUUAAUGCAACCUGA